AUGUCUCCUGCCUUUGUGAUCACCCUCACCUUCACUCUGCUCUGUGUGGCACACUGUUACCCCUCUAAGCGGAUUUUGUCCGAGACAUUGGCUGAAAGAGAAGACAGCCAGGACUUUGAGUAUACCCACCAUCUGAAAUUAAACAACAGCUUUGAAGAGGAAGAACUCUCUGUUUCAGCCAUAAUCAAGAAAGCUAACAGGAAUAUUGGGCAAAAGUCUGAUAAGCCACUCAUCGUCUUUGGAGACAUUUCUGUUACUGGUGGGCUGCAUAACGCUGACCCCUGCACAUCCAGUAAGUGCAAAUGGAUCAAGUCUCCCAAUGGGAAAGUUUACGUGCCCUACGAGAUCUCCAACACGUACUCAACAAGCGAGGUGAGCAUCAUUCGACAGAGCUUGGAGUCCUUUACCUUCUCCACCUGCAUCAGAUUCAUUCCCUGGAACAACAAGGACAAAGACUAUUUGUACAUUGCGAGUCACGAUGGGUGCUUCUCCUCCAUUGGGCGACAAGGUGGUUUACAGUUGUUGUCCCUGAAUCAGAAGGGCUGCCUCCAUCGCCACGUGAUCCAACACGAGCUCCUGCAUGCCCUCGGCUUUCAUCACGAGCACGUGCGCAGCGACCGAGACAAGCACAUCGAAAUCCUCUUUGAGAACAUCGAACCUGGUGAGCAGCACAAUUUUGUCAAAGUCAACACCAACAACCUUGGGACUCCGUAUGACUACAACUCAGUGAUGCAGUAUGAGAGGUGUGCGUACUCCAAAAACGGAUGGCCAACCAUGAUUCCAAUUCCGGACAAAAACGUGGAAAUCGGGACAGCCAAAAAGAUGAGUCCCAAUGACAUCCUGCGAGUCAACAGGCUGUACAAGUGCCGUAAGUACUGUUUCCUGGAGCGCUCAGGAAAUGCGAGGGAUUGUGUGGACGAGAGGACAGAGGAUGUUAAGUACACUGAGGUGUCCUUUCAGAAGAAGGCCAGGAAGCACACAGAGAAGGAACAGGGCUCAGAUGAUGUGCAGUACGCUGAAGUGUCACUUCAGAAGAAAACCAAGAAAAGGAUGAAGCAAACCAGUGACCUUGACAACACGGUCAUCUACUCUGACAUCAGCUUCCAGAAGACCACAGAGCAGUAG